GGAUGGAUGAUAGAAAAAGAUGAUAAUGCUAGAUUUACUGUACCAUUGUUUGUUGAAACUAGAGCUUUUAAAGGGAGAAAGGCACAGUUAGGAUUAAUUUUUUAAUGCAUUCUUACUCUGAUAAUGUUUGAACAGUGCAUGUGUUCACAUUUAAAGCAAACAGCUUGCAUCUAACGCGUGCCAGCGCUUUAUGCAGGAAGACAAGGAGCGGUAGCCAGCAGCCAGCAAGUCCUUUGGAGGACCUCUGAGCCUGCUGACAGGCACACUUACUCUGCAUGUAAUUUGAAGAAAGGCAUUGUGCCCCCAGUGGCUUGGCUUCCAGUGAAAGAUGGAGUUUUGUGCUCUCAUUUUGCACUGAGGAUAAGCUCGCAGAUAAAUAGGUCACUGUCCACGGAACUAUUUUGCUCUAAAUUGAUUAGAAGCAACAUGACCUUAAGCCUGAUCUCCUUGCUCUACAAAGAUAUUGCUGAAUUGUGGCUGCUUCUGAAGAAAUGCACAGAUGAAAUCAUGCAUCAGGAUAUCAUUCCCCUCUAUGCUGCAGAUAUUCAGGACCAAUUAAAGAAACAAUUUGCUUAUUUGUCGGGUGGGAGAGGGGGAGAUGGCUGCCCUGUUAUCACCUUUCCAGACUAUCCGGCUUUCAGUGAGAUUCCUGAAAAAGAGUUUCAGAAUGUCCUGACCUACCUGACAAGCAUUCCAAGUUUACGAGAUGCUGGCAUUGGAUUUAUUCUUGUCAUAGAUCGCAGACAGGACAAAUGGACCUCCGUGAAAGCUUCCAUACUGCGGAUAGCAGCAUCUUUCCCAGGAAACCUGCAAUUAGUCCUUGUGCUGCGCCCAACAGGAUUUUUUCAUCGAGCUCUCUCGGACAUUGCUUUCAGAUUCAACAGAGAUGAGCUUAAAAUGAAAGUACCUAUCAUAAUGCUGGGCUCAGUAUCAGAACUGCAGGGUUACAUUGAUAAGACACAAUUAACAGAAGAUCUUGGUGGCACCCUGGAUUACUGCCACAACAGAUGGCUGUCCCGUCGCACUGCUAUAGAAGGUUUCGCCCAAAAGGUUAAGCAAACAGCUCAGAUUCUUCAGUCCUUUGGGACUGAGCUGGCUGAAACAGAACUACCAAAUGAUGUGCAAUCAACCAGCUCUCUUCUUGCAACACACACAGAAAAGAAGGACAAAAUGAAGGAAGAUAUCAGGGUAGCAGUAGAACAAGGAGAUGAUAUCCUUGGAAGUAUUACAAAACCAGUUACUGAGAAUCCUGAAUACAAACUGAAUCAAGAUCAGCUAGACAAUCAAACAACGGUAGAAAGGCUACUGGCUCAACUACAUGAAACAGAGACUGCCUUUGAUGAGUUUUGGAUUAAGCAUCAGCAAAAACUAGAGCAGUGUCUGCGCCUUCGGAAUUUUGAACAGGAUUUCAGAGAGGUCAAAGCAGCUUUGGAUAUUGUGUCUGAGAGACUAUCUGCCUUCACAGAUGUGGGAAACAGCCGUUCACAUGUGGAGCAUAUUUUGAAAGAUCUUGCCAACUUUGAAGAAAAAUCACAUGAAACUGUAGCAAAAGCCAGAAUGUUAGCCUCAGAGCGUGAUGCAUUUAUUCAAAGCAAUCAUUAUGCUGUGGACUCCAUUAUUCCAAAAUGCAGUGAGCUUCAUCAUCUCUGUGAUGCCUUCACUACUGAGACAGAACGGAGGAGAAAUCUUCUUAACAAAUCUCUGGAACUUCAUGACUUACUAGAGAAGUCUAUGAAGUGGUGUGAUGAAGGAAUUUACCUGCUGGCUUCCCAGCCAGUAGAUAAGUGUCAGUCUCAGGAUGGUGCAGAAUCAGCAUUACAGGAGAUCGAGAAAUUCCUGGAUACUGGUGCUGGCAAUAAAAUCAAGGAGUUGAAUAAAAUUUACAGAGAAUAUGCACACAUCCUCAAUGAAGACCUAAAGGAUCAUGUGCAAAAGGUUUUCCAGAAGCAAGAAAGUAUGGAAGAAAUGUUUCAAAAGCGGCAAGUAAGUCUUAAGAAGCUGGCAGCUAAGCAGACACGUCCUGUUCAGCCAGUUGCUCCAAGGCCUGAAGCAUUUGUAAAAUCUCCUUGUACCUCCCCAGGUCUUCAAAGAGAAAACGUGUCCAACUCAGAAAGCAGCGCGCUUCGCAGGGUAAACUACAGAAAAGCAAAGAGUGAUGUGACUGAACUCCAUCAAAGCAGAGGAGGAUCUACAAUGGAUGAUGAAGAAAACCUGGCUGUGUUACGACAACAUGUAAUGAAUGAACUUAUCGAGACUGAGCGAGCAUAUGUGGAAGAGCUUCUCUGUGUUCUUGAGGGUUAUGCUGCAGAGAUGGACAACCCCUUAAUGGCUCAUCUCAUUUCACCAGAACUGCAAAAUAAGAAAGAUAUCUUGUUUGGGAAUAUGGAAGAAAUUUAUCACUUUCAUAACAGAAUAUUCUUGAGAGAACUUGAAACCUAUAUAGAAUACCCAGAGCUAGUAGGACGGUGCUUUCUGGAUCAGAUGGAAGACUUCCAGAUUUAUGAAAAAUACUGUCAAAAUAAACCUCGAUCUGAAAGUUUGUGGAGGCAGUUUUCAGACUCUGUAUUCUUCCAGGAAUGUCAAAGGAAGCUCGACCACAAACUCAGUUUGGACUCAUACUUGCUGAAACCUGUUCAAAGAAUAACCAAAUACCAAUUACUGCUAAAGGAAAUGCUGAAGUACAGUAAGAACUGUGAAGGUGCUGAAGAUCUCCAGGAAGCACUGACUUCUAUCCUGGGCAUUCUUAAAGCAGUUAAUGAUUCUAUGCACCAGAUAGCCAUUACAGGCUAUGAUGGAAACCUGAAUGAGCUGGGCAAGCUUUUAAUGCAGGGAUCCUUCAAUGUCUGGACUGAUCAUAAAAAGGGUCACACAAAGGUGAAAGAUUUGGCACGCUUCAAGCCAAUGCAGCGACACCUCUUCCUCCAUGAGAAAGCAGUGCUGUUCUGUAAAAAGCGAGAAGAAAAUGGAGAGGGAUAUGAGAAAGCACCUUCUUAUAGCUACAAACACUCCUUAAAUAUGGCUGCAGUUGGAAUAACAGAAAAUGUCAAAGGUGAUGCAAAAAAAUUUGAAAUCUGGUAUAAUGCGAGGGAAGAAGUUUACAUUAUACAGGCACCAACCCCUGAAGUUAAAGCUACUUGGGUAAAUGAAAUAAGAAAAGUGCUGACAAGUCAACUGCAGGCAUGCAGAGAAGCUAGUCAGCACAGGACACUAGAACAAACACAGAGCUUACCUCUACCACUACCAGCAUCAUCUUGUGCAAGUCCUUCACGAAACCACAUCAGAAAUACUAAAAAAAUGGAGGAGAAAAAAGCUGAUCUCCCAAGUGUAGAAGGUUGUGGCACUACAGCAGCACCAAAGUAUCCCGAGAAAGGCAAAGGCUGGGCCAAGCCAUCCCAAUCUCUUGAUGCAUCCGAAGAAAAUGACGGCUGGUCUAGUGCAGAAGAACCGCUGAAUUCAUCGGAUGCGGAGGAAGAAGGAGGAGGAGGAGGCGAGAUGAAGCUGACUCCUGGUAAAUAUACAGUUGUGACUGAUUAUGACAAAGGAGUUUCUGAAGAAUUUACAGUGAAAAGUGGAGAUCUAGUUCAACUGAUUCGUGAAGGGGAGGAUGGACUUUGGUUUGUGAAGAACCUGAGCAGUGGUAGAGAAGGUUGGAUUCCAGCAAAUAAUUUGCUGAUGCUCAUAGGCAACUCAAAAUCAGCUCAAUCUUUAAGCAGCUCUGAAUCAGGCACUGCUUCCAGCAAUUUGAGCACAUCAUCAAGUUGCAGUGAUAGCUGCAAUGUCAGUAGCACCAGCUUCUCUGACAUUAAGGGCUAAUAUGAAAUGCUCAUCCCACCUCCCUGGAAGAUAAAUCUGGAGAUUGUCAUUUGCUGCAGAGUUCUGGACAUUGGACUUCAUUGGAGACCCAUCAGUGCUGUGUUGCCAGCUCUGAGUAUUUUUAAAGGUGACUUUUACAGGUUCUCCCAGAAGAUCCCAAUGAAAAGUGCAUGGAAUGUGAAGUUGUAAAUAAAAGUUAAAUGAUUUGAAAUAGGAUUUUGUAGAGGUUUCUGCUCUGAAGAGCUGUUAGCAUAAAGCACGUUUUCUCCUCAAUACACAGUCAGGUUUCUGCAGAACUGUAUCUUUUUGUAACAGCCAGAAUCUGAAUUUGAGCAAACAAAAUGUGUUCAAUGCUAAAUGCUCAUUGUAAACAAAUAACAUAGCAAUCACUGUACAGGAUAGGUAUGAGGAAAAUAAAUCCAAGUUUACAA